UCAGCUGCUAAAACGGCCACUCCCGCUCUUCGGAAUCGCAUCUCGAGACCCGCGAAGCGUCCCCUCAUCCUCCCCGCAGCGGCAGCGGCCCGGGCCCCGCGGUUUCUGGACCAUGUACACCCGCAGUGGGGUGCAGGGCUCCGGGUUCGGAGCCCCCGUCGCCUCCCGCCCAGCCCGGGACCCCCCUGCGUGGGGCAGGGAGCUGCGCCCGCCGCAGGGCCCCAGGCGGGGUUUGCAGGAGGCUUCCGAGAGCCCUUCGCGGGAGAGCCUGGAGCACGCGGGCCAGAGGUUCACAGGUGCAUAUACCUUGAUAGUACCAAGUGAAAAACGAAGAAAUGAGAUGCAACGGAUGGCUGCAAAAGAGCUGGAGGACCUGGAGAGGUGGAAGGAGCAACAAAGGACGAAGCCCAUUAACCUGGCACCCAUGCAGCUAGGUGGAAACCACUCAGAGGUUGAAGUCAGGCAGAGACAACAACUUCAACUGAUACAAUCUAAAUGCCAGAAAAAGCUAAAAAGAGAAGAAUAUAUAAGAAUCAAAAGGGAAGCUGAAGAAGCCGAAAUCCAAAAAAUGAAGGCAGUUCAGAGAGAAAAGAGCAAUAAACUAGAGGAGAAAAAGAGACUUCAAGAAAACCUCAGAAGAGAAGCUUUUAGAGAACAUCAGCAAUGCAAAACUGCUGAGUUCUUGAGAAGACUCGACACACAGUCGUCACACAGAGGUACCUGUCCAGUGGCUGUUUGUGACCCACAAUCUUCAGCUUGGGCCAGAAAACAGGCUUAUACGGAUUCUAUAAGGGAAGGAACUAAAAAAUUGCAAAAGGUGAAGGAUGAACACUGCCAGAAGAGUGAAUUACUGGAACUUAAACACAAGCAACAGGAGGAAGAAAGAGCCAAAAUCCACCAGGCUGAACACAGGAGGGUAAAUAAUGCUUUUCUGGACCGACUCCAAGGUGCAAGUCAACCAGGUGGCCUCCAGCACUUUGGAGGCUAUUGGAAUAUGAAUAGUGGUAACAGCUGGGAUAUAUGAGAAAUAUUUGCUUACAUCUGGCCUUUGUCAACUGACCUUGAAAAACCACACGAGAUGUUUUUCCUUCUUACAGCUUUGUUCAGCCUCACUGUUUUUACCUUGACUUCAACUGCCCACCCGCUCAGCUGAGCAGCUGGGGCUGACUGGUUUCUCCCUGUCAUUAUUUAUGCAUGUUUGUAGGAGCCGAUUACUGAACUCAUAUUUAAUCUCUACUGCCAGUGAAAUGCUGCAUUAUUUUUCUAAUUGGUUUCAACUCUUAUUGGAAGUAUAAUUAUAGACAUGUUAGUAAGAUAGAAAAGGAGGGAAUUGUUUGAUGCUUUCAUGUUAGUGAGAGCUGUGGGUGCUGCAUGCCUGUCUCUAAACAGCUAAUUCUUAUCUAAUUCUCAGAUCAGGUUUGGGGAAGCUUUGGCACCUUUAGAUUUGAAUCUCUACUUUCUUAAUUCAGGGUACAAAUGUGAGCAAAAGAAAAAAUAAAUCUUCUAUAUGCUUUUAAACAAAUUUAUAAAUAAAAUUUGAACUGCUUCUGUAUAAAUGGCUUGUUUGUUUUUUAAUGAAAAGCUCUUCAGGGGUCUCAUUUUUAUAUUCUCCUUUACAGUCCAUAGAGAUCAAAUGUAGUACUAUAAUCACUACUGGAUUUGGCUUUGGUCUUGACUUACUUACUAAUACUGUUCCUCUGGUUUUUCAGAGUGGGACAGUUCAUUUCCUGAAAGGCCAUGAAAAAUAUCAGCUAGACACAGAUACCACAUGUAGUUUGUAGGUAUUUUGGAAACUUGUCUUUGCUCAUGCAAUCUAUUUCCUAUUACUAAUUCAGUCGGCUUUCCUGUUCUACUUUUAUGACCUUGAACCAGUAUAAACACUAGUGUGAGAAUAUUGGUUUUCCACACUGUAUGGUCUGGCCACCCCCCAUACCCCACGUUAUGUAGGCGAAGCAUUGUAGCAUUGCAUUUAGUCUUAGAAGGAAGGUUGGAAGAGUAGAUAAUUUUUGCAGAUGGACAUGAGUAGAUGACACUUUGCAAAAUUUAAUAGAUCUGUGUUACCAACUGCUCUGUUGAAAGUAACUUUCUAAACAUAUAUUUAGGGAAACACUGGGAUUUCAGGUUCUUGGGCCGAGAUUGAGGGAGCUCACAGAAGUGGGGUGAGGGUGUGGUACAGAAAGAGCUGCACUGGGUGGUGGUGGUGGUGGCUGACAGCAGAUGGUGCUCAGCUCGUUUCUUUGGGGUAAAUAAUGCAGACACUCUUGGUUUCUCUCUCUUCUGCCACCUGAACCUAUGUUUGUGCUGUUGACAGUAAUGUAAAAUGUUUGGUCUGUCUGAAAUCUUUGUUACUGCCUAACAUGGGGAAAAUGAAAUCCCUCAGCCUGGGUUGGAAACACUGCCAAACUGACCGUGUGUGAACGUCAUAGGCAUUUUACUGCUGUGGCAUGCAGCCAUUUCAGUCCUACACCUGCCAGCCUGGCUACCUCACAGUCCAUGGUCAUGUUCUGGUUUUUGUGUCUACGCUUGGCAUUCCUCACUUGCUGCUGUUUUCCAGUGUGUAACCAGGAGUCAAUGUAGGGGAAAGAGAUGCUUUCUUACUCUGGGACUCUUAGGAAAGUUGGUGUCAAUUUCUCUUCUACUGCCUGCCAUAUCCUGCAUUCCCAAAGAGUUUGUUCAGGUGUCUGGUCUCAUAAAAAAAAAUAAUUGUGCAGGUAUGGAAAAAUGUGACUUUAUGGCCAAAAUUAUCUCGACUACAUAUGGGAUGGUAAAGAUCUUCCUUGAACAAUUCUCUAUGUAGGUAGAAAUAACCAGAAAAGAAGCAAGAGUUGCUGUGUAAGGGAGUCUACCAUUUUGCUUUUCAUAUUUAAUCUGCUCUUGAUUGGAAUACAGUUUGACUUUUGGGUAACCCUGGAUAGGAAUCCCAAAGUUCCAAUUACCUUUUCUAUGCUUUUAAAGUACAUUUUCUGAAA